CGGAGAGUAAGGAGCUGCUGGAAAACUGUGCCUUUCUGUCCGAGACAUUCACAUAUCAAUAAAGGGCUGUAUACCCACGGCUGCGUCAGUGCCAGAUCAGAGCCGGAGUUCAGCUUCAUACGCUGCACAGAGACACUCAGAGUCCAUCAUGAAGUCUCAGCUCAAGUGCAUUGUGAUCUUUGCGCUGGUGUGCUGCUGUGCGGUGCUGAUCGCACUGAUAUUCUCUGCUGUAGAUGUGUGGGGGGAUGACGAGGACGAUAUCACUGAAGGGAAAUGCAGCAGUUCCUGCCGUGUUGUGCUUGUUGAAAAUAUUCCAGAAGAUCUGUCCAUUCCAUAUAAGGACACAGUUUCACUGGCCGCUGGUCUCCAUGAGCUUUUGGAUCAAGCACAUCGAUCUGUUGAGAUCGUGUCACCAUGGUGGGCACUGAACUCUACCGAGUAUGAGUCAAAACCUCCCCAGGCCAAACAGGGUCAGAUCUUACUGCAUCAGUUGAUGAGUCUGCAGUCUCGGUCAGUCAGUUUGAAGGUGGUCAGUGGACUAACGCAUUCCUCAGAGCUCAAGGCACUCACUCAGAAUGGUGCCGAGGUGCAUUACCUGAACAUGACAGCCCUCAUGAACGGUCAGCUCAACUCCUCCUUCUGGGUGGUAGACAGGAAGCACAUGUACAUAGGAAGUGCUGGCAUGGAUUGGAGGUCACUCUCUAUGAUGAAGGAGUUGGGCAUCAUUAUUUAUAACUGCAGCUGUCUGGUGUUGGACCUGCACAAGAUAUUUAGCCUCUACUGGCAACUGCAGUAUAAAGAGUUUUUGCCAUCAAUAUGGUCCAAGAAACUGAACGCUCUGUAUAACAGAGACAACAACCUUCAACUGCAUCUGAAUGACACGGAAGCAAAAGCAUACUAUUCAAGUUCUCCAGAUGUUUUCUGCCCAAAAGACCGGACGAAAGACCUUGAGGCCAUUAACAGAGUCAUUCAACAGGCUGAGACAUUUAUCUACGUCUCCAUAACCAACUAUCUACCAAUGCUCAACCGCAACCAACCCAAGUACUGGUCACGCAUUGACAACAUGCUCCGAGAAGCCUUGAUUGUGAAACAAAGCAUCAAAGUACGCCUGUUAAUAAGCUGUUGGGAGCAGACUGACCCACUGACAAUGAACUUCCUGUGGUCUCUCAAAGCACUGUGCACAGAGUCAUUACGCUGCUCAGUAGAGGUGAAGUUCUUCAUUCCACUGAAGCAGAGCAAUGGACAUCUCUAUGGAGUGAAUCACAACAGAUACAUGGUGACAGACAGAUCUGUGUAUAUAGGGAAUUUAAACUGGGUGGGCGACGAGUUUGUCUACAGCGCCGGUGUUGGUGUUGUGAUCAGUCAGCAGGUGAAGAACAACUCAACUGUAGUUGAACGGAUGAAAGCUGUCUUUGAACGAGACUGGCAUUCCCACUACAGUAAAACACUCCAGCCAAACAAGAUCCCAGCAUGCAGCAUGCACACGGCAAACGAUUCUCUCUAAAAACAUGUUUUUAAGAUCACAUGCAAACCUUAAACUUAUCAAUCAAUUUGUUAGCUGUUUCCUUUCAAUUCUACCAAACACUUCGAGUUAAUAUAGCAAUCAAGGCUUUCUAUCGAAACCAUCUUUGGUAAGGUUAUAAAUAUUUUCUUUAUUGUUUGGCCCAGGUUUCACCUGUUAUUAAGAUGCAUUUUU